AUGUUAACCACAUAUUUCUCGAAAAAAAUAAGAGAGGAAACAUCAGUAAGUAAUGAUAGCAGGUCGACUAUAACAGAGGUAGAAGCAGUUUCAAGAACUUCACAGGAAGAAAUACUAGAGAUUCCUAGUUCCCAAAAUGAGGAUAAUAAUAAUUUACCAAGCUGUUGGAAUGCAAAACAGUUAAAGGAGUUAAAAAUUAAAUAUGAUGGGCUAUUUGUCAGUAAUCAGAAAUUGGGAUGUGAGUAUUGUUUAAAAAUAGAAUCAAAACUAAUAUCUCAAGAAUGGAAAAAAUGUAACGUUACGACAUCAGAGAAAGACAAAAUAGUGCAACAAGCAUCUUUAAGAAAAAAAAUGAGUGAACAUUUUGUAUCAAAAGCACACAAACUAGCUGUUGAACAUGCCAAGAUACUUAAAAAACAAACUUUUACAGCAUGCAUCGAUAAGAUGAACGAAAAAUUUAUUAGUCCUACUACAACAAUCUUCAACACUCUUUACAGUCUAGCGAAAAGAAAUCGUCCAUUUUCAAACAAAGAAAGUGUAAUAGAGCUUCAAGUAAAAAACGAGUUGGACAUAGGAACCGGACUUCAUUCUCGACAUAGUGCAAAACUGAAUGGUAUUUCCCAGGAGCUUAGUUUGGAUAUAAUUAAGAUUGAAAGAGUGUUAAGACCAAGAUGGGCUUCGUGCAGCCCAAGAUCUGCACUUGCUGUAUGGCGGAGCUACCCUGCUUUGUAUAUGUUGUUCUCUUCUAACCAAAAAAUGUCUGGAAUGGCAAAACGACUACAAAACAAAUGUUUUCUAGUAGAUUUAGCUCUAAUGAUUGACAUCCUACAGGAGUGCUCUCUACUAUCUAAUGCCCUUCAAGCUAGAAAUAUAAAUGUUGCCAAGGGAGAUCAACUGAUUAGAAGAACAAUUAACGCUUUUCAAAUGCUCAAAGAUCGUCGCGGUCAUUACGAAAAAAAAAGUGGAUGA